CCUGAAUCUACAGGACAGCGAGUAAAACUGAGCUGUGAUUCCUCCUGCCCUUUAACAUCUGAAUAUAAUUACCUCUGGUACAAGAAUGGAGAACAUUUAACAGACGACCAAAGCAUAUUUGUGUCAUCCAGUGAAAACACUAACAGUUAUUCCUGCUUUGAGCCUGUUUCAGAGUCCUCUUCAUCUGUGUGUCUUUCUAACAGUAGCUGUUGGGGUGUAACUUACACCUCUAUGAGUGUUUGUGCUUUAGUGGGAUCAACAGUAGAUAUUCACUCUUCAUACUCACAUCCCACUGGAGAUACAGUAGAGAAAACAUACUGGUAUUACGGUUAUCGUGGGGAAUUCAGAGAUCUACGUGAGGAUCCUCGGUUUUCUGGUCGUGUGGAGUAUCUGGGAAACACACUGAGAAUAAAAAAUGCCAGCAUGAGUGACGCUGGACGAUAUCACUUUAACCUCAUCACUAACAUAUCAGAUGUAGUCUCUGGUUCUUCUGGAGUCUAUCUUACUGUUACAGGUACACGAGUGAGAAGCAGCCCAAACCCUGUGAUAGAUGGAGAAAAAGUGAUAUUAAGCUGUUCAACUGAAUGCACUCUGGAUAACAAACAUACUUACAUCUGGUAUAAGAAUGGACAACAGGUAACAGAUGGAUUGAGAUUAUUAAACAAGCUGUACCUGGACUCAAUCAACAGUGAGGAGCUACAAGAGUAUUCCUGUACUGUAAGAGAUCCAAUGGACAAAACAAAUGCUUAAAUACAUAAAACUAUAAGAUACUGAUUAAAACAAGGCUUGGCUUUCUGAAGGUUUGCUAUACUGUAAAUGUUUUAAUAAAGCUUUUUGGUACCUGCCUUUCUGAGAUAUUUAUCCACAUAUUAUAGUUGCAUUAAGACAUUCAUAAUCGUCAGAUAAAUGUUAUCUUUUGAAUAUAUUUCUCUGUUUUCUGUUUUGACUGGAGUAUGUGAUAACACUUUCUAUGAUGUCUGUGUUUAUAAUGCAUUAUUGCAGGUAUAUUCCCUUAUAAUAAACAUUAUUAUACUGUAUGUUGUAUUGUCUAAUAAAUAAUCAUUACAACAGUUACAAUACAUUAUUUGUGGUUGCACCAUUUAUGAGUAUGAUGAUUUAUGACACAUGACGAACUCCACAUUGUUAUCUUGUAUUAUAAGUACAUGUUGUCAUGUAUUUUAAAUUUCAUAUAUUUGCAUUGUAUAAUAUCUUACUACAUCUUUGCAUUUCUCACUUGACCUAAAGCAGUAAAUAAACCAUAUGUCUUCUUAUAAACAUCCACAAUGCUUUACACACAAAUAAUGAACCAAACCGAAAGCUACAGAUUGGGCUUUAAUGUUCUUUAAAGGGAGAACGUGUAUGAAGUGCCCUUGAUAAUUUAUCUCUAUAUAAUGACUGUCCCCUUAAAUUGUUUUACAUUAUUUAAGGGUAUAGGGGCUAUUCUGGUCAGAAUCUAGAAUGUGUUAACAUUAAAAAGUUGCUAUGUUAAAGCGAGGCAGAGCUGAAGUCUAUUUCAACAUUAAGAUGUCUCUUUGAGGUGUCGUAACAGAAAACAGCUUGCACUGACAAAUCUUAAAACAUAUAAGUGUCAUUGUUUGUCUCAAGAUGCACAUCUGUAAUGUUUUUGUUAGGUGUGUUUGUGAAAACACUUAAAUGUCCUAAUUUAACUUAGGCCAAAUCCUGGUUAACCUAAAGAUUUUGCUUUUCCUAUCACCCACUGCUUUCUGAAAAAGAAAUGACUUCAUUCCUUAAAAACGUUUCAGACUCUAUUAAUUCACUGAUCUGGGGAGGGUGCUAGUAAGUACUUGAUAUGUGCAGGCUUUUCUUCACAUUGACCUGAUUUAAAAAAAGAAGGAACUGAGAUCAUCAUUUGCUAAAACUUUACAAACCACUGCUGCAUGCAGCGAUAACUGCACAACAACUGUACUGUGUGUCAGGAACAGCGGACAAAUAAACCCAAAAGCAAGCGAUGUCGGGGGGUAAACAAAAAACACUUUAAUAAUUAACAAAACAAAAGUCCACGAGGGGGCAAACAACAGUAAACAGGUUAUAUAAAUACACUGGACAGACUUAACACACAACUAGACUUGACCUUAGACUUUGACACUAGACUUGAACAGCAAAUACAAAACAAACGAGCACAGGAUAAGAAACACAAGGGCUUUAAAUAAGGGAGUAAAUCAAGACGGGAACAGGUGAUCAAACAAUCAAACCAAUGAGAAUGACAAGGGAGCGGGGUAAAAGAGACGAGACAAGGAAAACACGUGGCCUGAUAUCAACACACCAUGGCAACGUGUUCCCACACAUAACAUGGUACUGUCAGAAUCCUGUCAAAUAGAACUAGACAUUAAAACAAGACAAGAUUCUGACAGAUCCUGACACUGUGUAAUGAAUUCAUGUUUCAUCUUUUAAUUAUAUGCAACUUAAACUAAAUGAAUUUUCUGGGCUUUGUCUUUCUUCAGAUACAAUGAAUAAAACCAAUAAAACAACUGACAGAAACAAUAAAGAAAUGGACAGUUCAGUGUUUCUGUCUCAGUUUCUCAUCGU